AUGAUUGUCAUUGCUUGGAACUGUCGGGGUGUUGGGAACCGGGAGACUAUCCGCCAUGCUAAACUCCUCCUAACUAAGAAGGACGUGGGGGCUAUUUGUUUCCUGGAAACCAAGACCAAUAAGGCCGACAAUCUUCUCAAAGCGAUGAGUAAUUCUGGUUUUGAUAAUUUCUUUUCUGUUAACACCCUUGGUUUUGCAGGGGGUCUUCUUCUGGUUUGGAAUAAGAACAGGCUUGACCUGGAGGUGGUUAGAAGCAAUUCACAAGUCAUUCACUGCAACGUGAAGGGGACCGGGGUCUCGCAUCUCCAUCUCUCUUUUGCUUAUGUUAGACCAAAUCCUCAAGCUAAAGAGUUGUUCUGGAAUGAGUGCAAGAGCUUUGGGAGUGCCAUUGUGGGGCCCUGGAUUAUGCUCGGAGACUUCAAGGACAUAGCAUCCCCUAAUGACCAUUGGGGAAAUGAUCAUGUCAAUAUGAAUAACGUUACUAGAUUCUGCAAAGCCUAUGAGGACUGUGGUCUUAUGGAGGUCAGCUCUACAGGGCCAAAAUUCACUUGGCUUAGGCAAAUCGGUGGAAGGACGGUCACAAGAAGAAAGUUAGACAGGGCAUUUUGGAACUUGGAAGCGCAAAACGCCUUCCCUGAAGCCAAGGCUUACGUUCUUACUAGAACUCACUCCGAUCAUCAUCCUAUCUCCUUCACUAGUAUGGCCGGUUCGGCUCCUAAUAGGAAUGAGAGACCCUUCCGGUUUGAAGCGGCCUGGCUCACCCAUAACGACUACAAAGACGUCUGGAAAGUUGCUUGGGCCGAAAAAAUGGGGGAUGUAAUAGGGGCUAUCAACGAAGUGAUUACUCAGAGUAAAAAGUGGAAUGUGGAGGUCUUCGGGAACAUCUUUAAGAGAAAGAAUCUCCUCCAAAAUCGCAUUCAAGGUAUUCAAGCAUCACCUUGGUAUAAUACUGCCCGUGGUCUCCAAGUCCUUGAAAGGAAGCUCAUAAAAGAGCUUAGUGUGACCCUGGCACAGGAAGAACUGCUUUGGUUUCAGAAAUCAAGAAGGGCCUGGAUUGAAGAUGGUGACAAAAACACCAACUUUUAUCACAAGGAUAACCAAGUUGAGCGGAAUAAUCCCGAUCGCCACCAUGGCUAUAGCCUAAACCCAACAGAAGCCGAUUGUUUGACCCGCACAGCCGACACUCAAGAAGUCAGAAAAGCGGUGUUUGGUAUGAAAAGGAUGGGAAACCCGGGGCCCGAUGGCAUUCAGGCUGCUUUCUACCAAGAUUUCUGGGACAUAGUAAGCAAUCCCAUCACCGAUCUUGUCAAUCAAGCCUUGACCACAGGUAGGGUCCCGGUUGGUAUUCUUGAAUCGUUUGUCACCCUCAUUCCCAAAAAAGACAAUACGGAGAGUGCUGCGGACUUUAGACCUAUUACCCUUCUUAAUGUGGUUUUCAAGAUUAUUACCAAAGUUGUUGUUAACAGAUUGAGGCCGCUCAUGGAUAAGCUUGUGGGUCCCCAUCAAAACAGCUUUCUUCCAGGGAGAUCCACGUUAGACAACAUUGUCUUGACACAGGAGAUCAUGCAUAGCAUGAGAAAUAAGAAAGGUAAAAAAGGGUCACUGGUGAUGAAAGUGGACCUCCACAAAGCUUAUGAUAGCAUCGAUUGGGGCUUCCUUGAACAUACUCUACAGGAUUUUGGGUUCCCGAGACAGCUUAUUAGUCUCGUCCUUUUUUCUCUCAAAGAAAGUACGAUAGGGAUUCUAUGGAAUGGGGGUAAGCUGCCAAAUUACACACCGGGGAGAGGCCUGAGGCAAGGAAAUCCACUAGCUUCGUACCUUUUCAUCUUGGCUAUGGAGAAACUUUCAAUGAACAUUCAUGUGGAAACUAGAGACAAGAAUUGGAAACCAGUCACCCUAAACAGAGGAGGUACAUGUGUUUCUCAUAUUUUCUUUGCAGAUGACCUGAUGUUGUUCGGAGAGGCCACCGAAGCGCAAACUAAGGUCAUCAUCGAUUGCUUGGGGAAGUUCUCCCGGAGGUCAGGUCUACAUGUUAAUUUGGGUAAGUCUCUCAUCUACUGUUCCCCCAACACCCCUAACAGGACUAAACGUUUAGUGCGGUCCUUGUCCAACAUCCCGGUCACUCUUGGUAAGUACCUGGGGAUCCCCAUUCUUCAAAAGAGAGUCUCUAGAAGACACUUCUCCUAUAUCCUUGACAACAUGCGCAAAAAGUUAGCAAAUUGGAAAACUGGCUUUUUAAGCUUGGCAGGUAGAAGAAUUCUGGUCCAGUCGGCGUUAGCUACUAUCCCCGUGUAUACCAUGCAAACCAUGGCGCUUCCAACAGGUACGUGUAAUGAUAUUGACAAAAUUUGCAGGGACUUUCUUUGGGGAUCAACCGAUACGACUAGAAAAAUCCACGCUGUCAAUUGGAACGAGGUGUGCUCCCCCCGUGAUCUAGGGGGUCUGGGUCUCCGCAUGGCGAAAGAUUUUAAUCUGGCUCUCCUGGUCAAGCUUGCGUGGCAAACUAUGAACAAUCCGGAGAAAUUAUCAGUCAUUGAAGCUGGGGCCCGGUGGAGAGUGGGAAAUGGAGAAUCCCUUCACUUUCUGUCUGACUGGUGGAUCAACGACAAACCACUUGGGCUUGAUGAUAAUCUUAACAUCCCGGAUACAUUCGCUAAUGCUUUGGUGAGUGACUUCAUUAAAUCUGACCGGAGCUGGGAUGUUACUGCUUUGAGAGAGGCCCUACCGGAAGAUAUCAUUAACAAGAUUCGCACAAUUCCCAUCCCUAUUGAUGGCAACACCACAGAUAGGCUCGUCUUGUCAGACCGCACCUCAGGUACGUUCACGGUAAGCUCGGCCUAUAAUUCUCUCGUAGGUACCCCUAAUGAUGAAGAGAACUGGGCGUGGAUUUGGAAACUCAAGGUGGUGGAGAAAGUGAAGACUUUCGUGUGGCUCCUUCUCAAGGACAAACUGCUGACGAAUUUGGAGAGAAUGAAACGCCAUAUGACAACAGACAGCAGCUGUGCAAGCUGUGGCUUUGGCGAAGAGUCAACCUCGCACCUGCUUCGAGAUUGCCCACUGGCGGAGGAAUGCUGGGAUUUAGCUAAAGAUGGAGGAGGGACUGGGCUGGUGCGCUACUCUCCCAUCAGUACGUGGAUCAAGGAAAACAGUCAAAGCAACAAAGUUUUACAAGAUGGAACAGUCUGGAGCUCUACGUUUGUUUACAUCCUUUGGCUCCUUUGGAAAGCAAGGAACAAUCUCAUUUUCAACCAAAAAAGAGACACUGUCGUGCAGAUUGUUGGAACAGCACGCAGCAUGGCCUUGGAGGCACGUUGUUAUAUAGUAAACAAUAAAGGAUCAGUACAUGGCCAACACAAAUGGGUCAGCUGGUCGAAUCCCCAACCGGGGUGGGUUAAACUCAACACGGACGGUGCGAUGAAAAGCAAUACCGGGAUGGCUAGUGCCGACGAGCUCAUUCGUGAUGACCAUGGACGUUGGGUUAAGGGUUUUGUGACUAAAGUCGGCCUUACUGAUAGCUUCUCGGCGGAACUGUGGGGCCUAAGGGAGGGUCUACAGCUCUGCUUAGAAGAAGGUCUGGAUAGGGUAUGGGUGGAGUUGGACUCAGCAGCGGUUGUGGCCAUUCUCAAUGGCGGGUUCAAACAGAGGGACGCGUUGGACACUCUCAUCUCAGAUUGUUUGCAUCUUCUUGAUAGAAUUCCAAAUCACCGGGUAUCCCACAUUGAAAGGGAGGGGAACAAAUGUGCUGAUUGGCUGGCUAACUUAGGCCAGGAGGUCGACUGGGGGACGACAAUCCUCGAAGACGCCCCAACGGAGCUAACUACGCUUCUCCAUUAUGAUGCUUGUAACACGCCUCAUCUUUGGAUUAGGUAA